CACAUUUCAUCGCUUCUCCUUAAUAAGAUUGAUUCUGAAAAAGAAAUUCAGAUAAAUAAGCUAAUCUGUUCAAGUCGUUCGUGCAAUAACAGAUCAUGUCACAUUUGACAACCAGAGUCCUAUGGACUACAGCAGGGGCGCCGGCGAAAUUGUGAGCUCAUCACUCUAAUGAGCACCAACCAAGAACUUAGGUUCAUGAGCGCGACUGUGCUUGACGCCUGAGGUCUGUGUUUGGUGCGUAUUUUGGUGAUUAAUGUAUGCAUAAAAUCCAUCUGCAACAAUCAACUAACUUUUGGGCGAAUCGGAACUAAUCUGAACAAAUCUAUAGUUAAGAUCGGAUGAAUUUAAGAAUCAAGAGUAUUUAUUGCCUUUCUUAGUUAUCGCAGCGACUAUCUCCACAACUGAACUACAAAAGGAGGAAGUCCAGACCAAAAACCAUGAGAAAAAUUAAAAUUCAAUAUCUAUGUCCAUCGCAGAAAGAGAUGUGAGAAGUUUCUCCGCAAGAAAUCACAUUAUUCAACUGUUCUCAAAUACUCGUCAUUGAAAUGGAAGAAAAAUUUUGGACAAUUUCAGAUCCCAACUCACUUCUGCUCAGGCUCAGGCUUCUCCAAGAAAGUCCUCUUCAACCAACCCCACGGCUGUCAAUCAUACAGAGCUCCAGUGGCGGCGGUGACGCCCCACAUGGCAGCAGCUUUAACGUCAGUGGGUUGGACGCGAAGCUUCGAAGCUAA